UCAACAGCACCACUACUGGAAGCUGUUGAAUAUAGAGACAUGAACUUUAGCAAUCGGUUUGCACAGCAGAGCAAAUACCGUGGUCCACCCACGCCAGACAUUGAAGAGGCCUGGCAGGAGUUACUGAAGUUAAACCCAGUCUCUAUUCCAGAGGAUAAAAUCGAAUUGCUCGGAAGGUCACCUCGAUGGAACUGGCAAAGAUUCCAGAUGUCCGAAAAUGGUCCUUCCGAAGGAUCAUAUGUGGCUGGGAUUGAGGUAUUCCACCAGCUUCAUUGUCUUAAUUUGGUAAGACAGUUUACGUGGUUGGAUCAUUAUACGACUCCCCCUCAAGGACUGACCGGAUCCGCUGUUGAGACUCGGAUGCAUGUGGAUCAUUGUUUGGAGACGUUGCGCAUUAUUCUUAUGUGUAAUGCAGAUGUCACGCCUUUUUUGAUGGAGCAAGACCAAUCAUUUGCUGUGGGUGGAAGGGCAGACUUCAAUGCUUAUCAUCGAUGCAAGGAUUGGGGGAAAAUCGUUGAAUGGAUGGAUGAAAAUUCGUUCUCAUCAUCUACCUCACAUAGCUCCCACGGCCAAUAG